UCAAUUUUUAUCAAUAUGUACUGGAACCCGUGGAUCUCCAACUAUCUCAACCAUGUUAAGUUAUGUCAAGGCCUCAGAGGAGAGACAGCCACUAAGGUUGGCCAAAGCAAACUACAAAGGAGAGCUCUUAGCUUCCAAAAAGAGUUCUCGUUUGAAGAUAAAGGUGAGGUAACCAAGAGCAACAAAGAAGUAGAUGUCAGUCUGUUGGCAAAUACACCCAAGGUCUCAGAAUUAAGGAAACGUUUUGAGAGUGUAAGCACGAGCCAGAUUUGGGACAUGAACAGGAAAGAGCGAAUUGCACGGCGUCUGGAGGGUAUUGAAAGUGAAGAUCUCAAAAAUCUCCCAAGUUGUCCUGGUCUAGUGACCAAUCGGCUGCUAGAGGAGGAUACUCCAAGAUACACCCGUGCAGCAGACACCUGUGACCCCUCCACAGUUGCUCUUCAGCACUAUAGCAAUACUGACCCAAACUUCACAGAUCUGCACAAAGCAGAAGAACAAACCAGAAACCAUACCGUAUACUCAGAGUCUGCCUACAGCUCUGGCUCAGCUCAUGUGGCAGAGCUGGACUCUAAAGCCGAACGGAUUGCCCGCUACAAGGCAGAACGUCGACGACAGCUAGCCGAGCGCUACGGUAUCUCUCUGGAUCAGGAGAUGGAGACUGACUAUACCAUUCGCUACUCCAGAACCUCCAGAGAGCCUGAUGGGUCAGACCGACAACGCAGGACAAAGGUGGAUGGGGAGGAGGUGGUGCAUAAUGUUUACACCUCUAGCCCUCAUGUAGAUAGGGCCAGCACACACACUUGCACAGAUCCAGAGUACAGCCGAGAAUGUACAGACUCUUUGUCUGAACGUGAGAGGAUGAUGAAUCUAGAGAAUCAAAGGAGGGCACAGGAGAGGGAUAGAUUGCAUGUAGGUGGAGGGGUUGCACCAGACCCAUCUGCAGCAUAUAUGGAUGUGUCUGGGUCUGCCAUGGUCCCAGGGAGGGAACCAGCGAUGAUUGGAGUUCACAGCUCACCCAUUGGAGGCAGAAGGGCCGCAAUGCCAUCUCCCAAACAGGGAGCAUCUCCUGGUGAUCUGUUUAUUGAGCAGCAAGCUCAAAACAUCCUGCACAGACAUGGAAUCCGAGUUAGGGAGAGAAUGGCCCGUGAAGAGCCUUUACCAAGGAGUCCAAAGAUGGGCUCCACAAAAGAGGGGCCUGCAAACAAUCAAUUUCCUCAAUCAUACCCUCAAUAUCAUCCUCACACUCUGACAGUCCCAGACGUUCCAGCCAAACAUCGGCUUACCCAUGCAAGGCAAGAGGAACGUCAUGAUCCUGGGUACCAUAGCUACUUUUCUAUGGGCAGUGAACCUGUUUCCAGGCAUAAACAGGAGAAUGAGGAGCUCGCAGAAGUAGAGUGUAAGAGGGAGGGACAGCACGAUGUGAGGACGGAGGAUCUCCUGUGGAGCAGAAAGGCUGUUUUACCUUCUGAGAUUCAAUGGAAAAAGAACAGCUCUGAAGACCCACGCCAUGGAUGUGCUGAGAGUGUGGAGGCAAGCCUGAGCAUCACUGGGCAUGGAAGGAAAGGUGUUGCAGAUGGCCCCAGAGGUCGGUCAAGGCGUGAUGUGUACACAGAGCAUGUAUCCCGACUUCAGGCUGCAGAAGCUAUGCAUGCCAGAGCUAGAGAGGGCCAAAAGAGGGCUGAUGCUAGCCUCAGUCAUCGACAAUCCGGCUAUGCCCCAUUCCAAACCUCUACCCAAACCCCUGCUACUUUCUCCAGUGGAAGAUGGGUGCCAGGUUCAUCUAAACCCAUCACUCAUUCUAUGUCUGAUGCUGGAAAUGUCCAAAUGACUGUUCCUCCAUUGAACCCCAUCCAGGAGCCAAUCAGAGAGGCUGCCCUUCAGGAAAAAGUGCCCAAUGUGGAACACCUAUCACAUGACACCAGGGUUUCAGUGGCCCAGCUCCGCCACACCUACCUGGAAAGUGUUUCAAGCCCUCGGAAAACCGAACUGGCAGAGGGGUUACCUGCAAUUACAGAAGUACCCUGGAGAAAUGAGAGAGGCAGAGAUCGGUCAUCUCGUCGCCCUCUGCGGUAUAUAUGUCCCUCUAAAAAUAGAAAGUCUUCCGAGAGGUUUAGAACUCAGCCAAUCACAUCAGCUGAACGUGAACAGUCUGACUGGUCUUGUCUAAGCCCUGAACCACCGAGCCCAGAAGUGGAUGAAGAGAAGAUGGACGAUAGAGCUAAACUGAGUGUGGCUGCCAAGCGCUCUCUCUUCAGGGAGCUAGAGAAGACCUCAGAUGGUUCGGCUGUGAAAGCAUGGAGCCGUAACGCAGCAGUGGAGCGGAGACUGAGGAGAGGUCAUGAUCGCUCCCGCACUCAGCCUGUUACCUCAGAGGAAGUGGUCAUUGCUGCUUCUGUCCCUGGCCAUUUGUCACAUUCCGUGACUGUACAGUCUUCUGUAGCGCGUGUUCCUAGUCCCACUCUAAUCAACAGCUCUGUGACCAAGUACAGAUUGCAGGCAUCAUCUCAGGAGAGCUCCAUGGUGAGGGAGCAGGCCAGAGAAUUUCGGCUGGCUGAGGAAGCUGCUGAGAUGGAUCGAGCUCGCCAUGCAUCUACUAGUGAGGUUGGCCAAGAGGAGCCAGACCUUUCCACUCUCCCUCUGGCAGAGAAGAUGGCACUCUUUAACCGCCUGGCACAGCCGCCCAGACACGGCACUCGGGCCAGAGGGGACACUCGAGCACGCAGGAGUAACGCCCGCUACCAGACCCAGCCAAUCACACUAGAAGAGGUUGAACAGCUGCAGCCUGCGGGUGGAGGCCGUUUUGCAUCCACCUCUUCCUCUGCACUUAGAUCCUCCACUGUUUCCACUGAACAUGCCGGUGACAUCCACCUGGCCACACCCAAUGUGUCUGGCCGCGCCUACUAUGAGCAGGCCCUUUCCCAACCGUGCCAGUCUCAACUGGCCCAAGAGUUCCAGCCACAUCACAGACCAGAUAAGACACCGGUUUCCCAAGGCAUGGGGAAGAGAAAGCUCCCCUCUCCAGAGAGCGUGAAACAGACACCUCGUGCUCAGCCAGUCAGAGAGUGGGAGGAGCAAAAAGGGCACAAUAAGGAGCUGGUGACCUCUCAAGACCUUUCAGAAACAGAUGGAGAGCACAAGUCCAAGGAAACCAUGUCAGAUCUUCCUGUGCACACAGUUGCAGUACGUGCAGCGGCAGCUGUAUCACAGAGCUCAUCCUCAUUACAGAGCGUCUCUCUGAUACAGCACAAACACACAGAGACUACCAGACACCUCCCUGAGGACAAGAGAGAACAAGAGCAUGAGCAGGAGACAGACUUUAAAAUAGAGAAGGGAGACAAGCUCUCAGACGUCAUGUCUGCCAGACAGAUGUCCAUCAAAGAGAGGCUGGCUCUGUUGAAGAAGAGUGGAGAGGAAGACUGGAGAAACAGGAUAAAUAAAAAACAGGAUGUGGUGAAAGUCGCUGUUUCUGAAAAACACGCUCAGCUAUGGGAAGUGGAGCAGAACUUCAAGAAGAAGGAGGAUAGCAUGAUGAUGAUGAUAGAUGACUUUGCUGUGUCUGAUCAACUCUGGGACCCUGUUUUUUCCUCCUCCUUUUCGUGUGCUUCUGAACCACUGGAUCAAAUAGCCAUCCUACCCCAGGCUACCCCCCUGCCCCUGCAGGUGGAUGAGCGUCACCCCUGGAGACGGAAGAAAAUGGGGAAUGAGGUGGUGGAAAGCCAGCAGACUGAGCACAUAGAGAUGUCCAUUCAGGAACGCAUGCAUCUUAUCACCGCACAAGAGGAUGCCUGGAAGGUCAAAGGGCACGGUGCAGCCAACGACUCCACUCAGUUCACAGUGGCUGGCCGAAUGGUCAAGAAAGGUCUGGCAACCCCCACUGUUCUCUCAAAUCCAGUGCUGUCCCCUCUGUCCUCUAAAAACAAGAAUGUCUCACAUGCCAUCGCAAAGCCACAUGAAGAGAUUGAAGUCAGACAGGACAUGAAGCUGGAGUCAGAUAAGAAGCUGGAAAAGUUGGAGUCAUUCCUUGGUCGACUCCAUAGUAAAGUGUCAGGACUUCAGGAGACCACAAUUGCAGUCACCGAGAAGUCUGUUAAAGAGGUCAUGACCCUGGAUGAUGAGAUCUUUGAUAAGUUUUAUCGGCACACAGAGGAUAUGGCCAAGAUUACUAGCAGUCUAGAAAUCAACGAUGAUUUUGAUGCCAUCUUUGGAAAACAGCUUCCCAGGUUGACCUCAGAGAUGGUGCAGCACAAGCGAGCAGUACGGCCAACCAGGAAUGUUCAGUCAUCCAGGAACCCCCUGAAACUGCUUGCUGUUCGGGAGGACAUCCGACAUGAGUACACAGAACAGAGACUUAACAUCGGUGUUUUGGAGAGCAAGAGGAUGAAACAGGAAAAGAUGAAUAAGAAAAGUGGUUUCUCUGAGGUUGCGCUCGCCGGAUUGGCCAGUAAGGAAAACUUCAGCAGUGUGAGUCUGCGAAGUGUGAACAUCUCAGAGCAGAGCUCCAACAACAGUGCCAUGCCCUUCAAAAAACUCAUGCUCAUUCAGGUCAAAGGUCGUCGGCACGUCCAGACCAGACUUGUCGAGCCCAGAGCUUCCUCCUUGAACAGUGGUGAUUGCUUCCUCCUCGUCACACCCCAUCACUGCUUUAUAUGGAUUGGAGAAUUUGCAAAUGUUAUCGAGAAGGCCAAAGCUGCAGAGUUGGCCACAUUCAUUCAGACAAAGCAUGACCUGGGCUGCAGAGCCUCAUAUGUGCAGACCAUUGAGGAAGGCGCCAGCACUCACAGUCAUGCAGCCAAAGAGUUUUGGAAGAUUCUUGGCGGACAAGCCAGUUAUCAAUCCGCAGGCACUCCAGAAGAGGAUGAGUCCUAUGAGACUGCUGUAGUAGAGACCAACUGCAUCUACAGGCUUAUGGAGGAUAAACUUGUUCCUGAAGAUGACUACUGGGGUCGAGUACCCCGUUGCUCUAUGCUCAACUCUAAAGAAGUGUUGGUGCUUGAUUUUGGUAGCGAAGUGUAUGUGUGGCAUGGUAAAGAGGUGACACUGGCACAGAGAAAAGUGGCUUUUCAGCUGGCAAAGCACUUGUGGAAUGGCACCUUUGACUACACCGACUGUGAUAUUAAUCCUCUGGACCCUGGAGAAUGUAACGCACGUAUACCCAGGAAAGGCCAGGGACGCCCAGACUGGGCUGUGUUUGGCAGGUUAACUCAGCACAAUGAGACUACUCUUUUUAAAGAGAAGUUUUUGGACUGGAAUGAGGCCAAGAAAACAUCCAAGAAGAAUGGCCACUUACAUGCUGAUGAAAACAAGGAUUUUCGGAGUUGGGAAUGUAGGCCUUAUGAUGCGUCUCUGAUGUUGCCAAUGGUUCGGACAUCAGUAAAGACCAUUUUGGAUGGUGUAGACGUUGGACGAGGUUACGGAUUGGUGGAAGGGGAUGAGCGGCGGAAUUUUGAGAUCAGCACACUGUCUGUUGAUGUCUGGCAUAUUCUAGAGUUUGACUACAGUCGCCUACCCAAACUGAGCAUUGGUCAGUUCCAUGAAGGGGACACAUAUGUGGUUAAAUGGAAAUACAUGGUCAGCACAGCAGUUGGCAAGAGGCUGAAUUUGGAAAAGAUCACCGGUCCAGGGAAGGAGAAGUGUUGUUAUUUCUUUUGGCAGGGUCGUAACUCCACAGUGAGUGAGAAGGGAACUUCAGCACUGAUGACUGUGGAGCUGGACGAAGAGAGAGGAGCUCAGGUCCAGGUACAGCAAGGAAAGGAGCCUCCAUGUUUCUUACAGUGCUUUAAUGGAGGAAUGAUUGUCCAUGCUGGCAAGAGAGAGGAAGAGGAAGAAAAUGCACAGAAUGACUGGCGCUUAUACUGUGUCCGAGGCGAGAAACCGAUAGAGGGCCAUCUGCUGGAGGUGGUGUGCCACUGCAGCAGCCUGCGGUCUCGCACUUCUAUGAUUCUACUGAACAUCCCUAAAGCCAGCAUGUACCUGUGGCACGGCUGCAAGUCGCAGAUGCACACACGCGAUGUGGGGAGGACCACUGCCAACAAGAUCAAAGAAAAGUGUCCUCUGGAGGCGGGGCUUCACAGCAGCAGUAAAGUAUCUAUUCAUGAGUGUGAUGAGGGAGCAGAACCGCAGGGAUUCUGGGAGGCCUUAGGAAGGAGAGAUCGAAAGGGUUAUGACUGCAUGCUGCAGGACCCAGGAAAAUUCAACUUUACUCCUCGACUCUUCCAGCUAAGCAGUGCUUCAGGGGAGUUUGUGGCAGUGGAGUUAAUGUAUCCGUCCAGAGAACCAAAUAUGGUUAACUCAAUGCCUUUCCUACAGGAAGAUUUGUAUACAGCCACUCAGCCAGCCCUGUUUUUGGUGGAUAAUCACCAUGAAGUUUACCUAUGGCAGGGCUGGUGGCCUCAGGACAGUGAGAGCACAGGCUCAGCUCGCAUACGAUGGGACUCUGACAGGAAGUGUGCCAUGGAAACUGUGCUCCAAUAUUGCAAAGAAAAAAAUGAGAAGAAACCUCCAAAAUCAUACUUGAUCCACGCAGGGUUAGAGCCUCUUACCUUCACUAACAUGUUUCCCAGCUGGGAACACCGAGAGGACAUCGCUGAGAUCACCGAAAAGGAAGCUGAAGUAUGCAAUCAGAUCAUUCUUGUUGAAGAUGUCUUGACUAGACUUUGCAAGACCACUUACCCAUUGGCCGAUCUACAAGCCCGUCCCCUACCAGAAGGUGUUGACCCUCUACGUCUUGAGAUGUACCUAUCAGAUGAUGACUUUGAGGGUGUAGGGGCUUCUGGGAAGAAAGCGUUAGAAAUGACAAGAAGUGAGUAUGAGGUGUUGCCAGGAUGGAAGCAAGUGAAUGUGAAGAAAGCCAAAGGAUUGUUUUAGAGGGACAAACAUUUUAGAGUCCUCCCAAGAGGGACUUGACUGCACUGGAACUGCUGAGGAUUAAUCUGCAAGUGGACAACUUUUUCAUUCCUUUUAAUCCACACAGGAAAAAACAGAAGACUAGACCUGUGUCAAACCACACAGGCAGGUGCAAUGGAGGAAGAAGAAAAAGACUGGCAGGGGUUUACCAGCCUCAUGCAGCGCAUUUCUUUCCCAUAUUCUUCUUUUUGUUUUCAGUUUCCUGGGUCUUGUUUUGAUGUUUUUUUGUUUUAUCAGUGAAUCAGCGAGAUCUGUUGGAUGUUUCAAGAGCUCCCCAUCUUGUUUCUUUCUACUUGAUUUAAUUUUUCUUCAUUGCUCUGUGUCGACAUGACAGAAGCCAUUCAGCCGUCCCUAAUACACAGUAUAGCCCUCAUGCACUGCCUAGCUUUUUAUAUAGUGUAAAUACCCAAUAAAUGAAAAAGCCUUUUAGUAUUAUCUGAAUGCAAGAAAGCUCAACUGUGUUCUUGACAUUAGGAGAGCCCUGGUGUCACAUGUAAUUUAUGUUCUUCACUUUCAUACCUGCUCUACUAAAUGGCCUCUUAAGUGUUUAACCUUCCAGAUAGGUGCUUGAACUUUGAGAGGCCUGUGUGUGUAAAUGGGGAUGUUUGUGAACCUGUACAGUCUGUGAGAGUGUCUCUUCAAACUAUUUGGAUUGAAUGAAAUGUGGAAUAAGAGAAAAACUCUUUCUGCAUUGUAUAGUGCCUUGCCUUCAUGUACAGUUUAUAUAAAGAUAAGUACUAGUCUGCUUUUUGGAGACUUAUUUGUGAUAUAAAUAUUUGAGCAAAAUAAACACUGAAAAAUGUAGAUUAAAAAA